ACAUUUUGAUGGUGUACAAGUUCCCACAAUAACCAACCAAGGAGUAUCUCAAUAAAUAACAUUAUUAAUGCGAUGAUGAUACGUUGAGCACUGUCAGACACAUUUUUAAGCAAAAACACAAUGUCCAGAUUUAAUUUAACAAGGAAUACUGCUCUCACAGCAAUUAUACUUAAGAGAGUAACUGAUGUUAAUUACUUUCAGUUCAUUCUAAAUUCUAAAUUUCAUGUAGGAAAUAUUGCUCUAAACAAUUCUUUUGACCCUUAUGAGGAGUCAAAGUAUGUACCUGGCAGCAGAGCUGUCAGUCAGGCAGAACUUUUCCCACUGCAAAGUUUCAUUUCAGAGCAUUCAAAGUUAUUUGUGCUUACUGGAGCAGGAAUAUCAACCGAGAGUGGCAUACCUGACUAUCGAUCUGAAGGUGUUGGUCUUUAUGCUACAAGCAAGACCCGUCCAGUCCAGUAUGCAGACUUUCUUAAGAAAGAAACAAUUCGUCAAAGAUAUUGGGCUCGAAAUUUUAUAGGCUGGCCCAGGUUUUCCUCUUUUCAGCCCAACAGGUCUCAUUAUAUCCUAAGUGACUGGGAGCGGCUUGGCAAAGUUCACUGGUUGGUUACACAAAAUGUUGAUGCAUUACAUUAUAAGGCUGGUUCUCAAAAUGUAACAGAAUUACAUGGCAGUGCACACAGAGUUAUAUGUCUGUCAUGCAACUUCAAGUUUACUAGACAUGCUAUGCAAGAUAUGAUUAUAGAUAUAAAUCCAGACUGGUCAUCAGAAGCUGUCAGUAUAGGUCCCGAUGGUGAUGUAGCUCUGAACUCGGCCAAUAUAAGUGAUUUUAAGGUGCCCGUUUUAUUAACUUAAAAUUAUUUAGUAUACAAUACAAUUAUAUAUUUUAUGGAUUAUACAAUUUAUUUUUCCCAUCUGUGGUAUACCAAAUGGUAGACCAUCUUUAAAUUUCAUGUGGAGUACCUCUGACAAAAAAGUGCUGAUCUAUAACAUAGCAAAGUAUGAGUUGCACUAUUUUAGCUGACUUUCUUUGAUUUAUUUCUCUUGAUUUCUGACUCCUGUUUCCAUUUUAAAGGCAUCUGUGAGUCCACCUCCAUGUACUACCCCAUACGUCAUCCCUUCGCAAGAGUUUUGUAUAAUCCUGAAUAGUUUUCACUGUACUCCAUAAUGCCGCCAGAAAAGUUCACAGGGUCAGUUGGUCUAAGCUAUCCAUGGUAAUCAAUGAAGUUUAUGUAUAAGGAGGAAUUCCAUUCAGUGCAAUAUUCUUCAAUGAUUUGGCAGUGUUUCAAUUUGGCCUGUGCAUGAUCUGCCUCUGCAGAAGCCCGCCUGUUGAUCUCAUAUGUGUUGACCAACAAUAUUGAUGAGGUAUCUUUAUUUACCAUCUUUUGCAACUCGCUCUUCUCAUAUUUUCUCCUUAAAAUGGUAUAGCAUGUUGAUUGUUGUUUCUAUCUGCUCUCACUAUCUCUGCUGUGAUUUUAUCCAGUGCAGAUAUUUAGCUGUUUUAAACCCCGAGCCAAUUCUUCCUUAUUAAGGGCACUAUCAUCUAUUUGUAAAUCUUCAUUUGCUGGUUGUACAUCUUUUUUUAUCCUUUCUAAUACUAAUAAUACUCUCUAUACUAUACCAAUGCCAUUGGCUUCUUUAUAUUUUUCGCUUAUGCUUUUGCUUUCUCUGAGGAAACAAAACCCAUCUGUUUUGGCCAGAUCACAAAGCAUUAAAAUCUUACAUUCCAAAUGAUUAAUAUUAAGUUAACUAUUUUUGCAGGUGCCUACAUGUCCCAAAUGUUGUGGGAUACUCAAGCCAGAAAUAACAUUUUUUGGAGACAAUGUCCCAAAAAACACUGUGCACUUUGUUCUUGAGAAAAUGUUUGAGUCAGAUGCAGUCUUGGUCAUUGGAUCAUCCCUUGAGGUUGGUUCCAAUUUAUUAAACUUUUCUAGUUACAUUUACAAUUAUAUGCUAACAGAAAUAAUAAACGGGGCAGCCAGACUGCAGUCAGUUAGGUAAAAGGAAAUAUGUAAAGCACGGUAGUGUAGUGACUACAUUUCUCUUGCUGUUCUCUGGAAUACAACAUUUCUGCUACAUUUUUAUUGUUAUACUUAUUUACUUUUUAGUCUUUGUACUGUUCGGUGAAGAUGGCUUCUUGCAGACAUGUCCGUUGUUUUGUUGCAUCAUGUUUUUCCCCUAACUUUUUUUUAUUUUACAUAUGAACAGUAACAGGAAUAAAUAAUCGAAAAACAAGAUGUACAAAAAAAAAUUCAUUUAUCCCCUUAAGUCAUUACCUUCAUGAUCCAACAAAUUAUUAAUUUUUUUUUUUGAACUAAUUUUUUCCCCAGGUGUACUCUGGGUACCGGUUCAUGCACAGAGCUAGAGAGUGUGGAAUGAAAAUUGCCAUCAUCAACAUAGGACCUACCAGAGCAGACAAACUAGCUGAUAUCAGGAUAAGUGCCAGAUGUGGUGACAUCUUACAAAGAUUAAAUAUUUCAUGAAAUUAAGUUAUUGUGUCUUUCUAUCAUUUGGUGCAUCUGACUAGUAACAACAAAAAUUAAUAUUAAUUGGUCAGGCAAAGAUAGGGAAAACCUAGAAUACCCAAUUUAUUAUAUAAUACCUUGUUAUUUAAACUUUUCUUAAUCAGAUCGAAGGUAAUCUAACUAAAUAAAUUACCUGACAGGAUGUCUCUCUGUUAUUUUCAUAUUAAUUAUCCUGUAAAAACUAAUUUCUUCACACAUGUGAUAGACCCACAUUGUUUAAAAUUCAGUGAGAAAUAGCAUUCUAGUAAAUUUGUCACACUAAAGUCAGAACAAUUGUUAUUUUAAUUUAAAAAAAAUUGUUCACACAGUCAGAAUGACUGCCAUGUCCAACAAAUAAGGUUUCAAUCUUUUUUAGCAAAAUUAAAUCUUUUAUUUUUUGUGAUGUUUUUAUUGUGUGAUAUAUAAUUAAGUGGCUCAUCCCAAUGAUACUAUCAUACGAUGUGAUAAAUAAAGUUUUGAUAUGUAUUAUCAGUCUGUAAUGACAAUAUUUGCCUCUCUUCACAUUACCGAACUAACAUAGUCAUGUCAGUGGAUUCUUCAAAUCACUAACAUAUGUGGCUAAGUCCAGGUGCAUAAUGUAUUUAUUUUAUAGUUUCAUGAAAUUGUGCCAAUAACAUAACCAAAGUGUAAGCAGCACAAGUAAAAUUAAUAAAGCUGUAUCAAUUAUGUUUCAGUUUAUAUUUUAAGAGAACUAAUUACCGUUUGUUAACUGAAAUACCCAGUACAAUUGUUUCUCCAAUUUUUUUUCUUCCUCUGUCGAGUAUGAGCGUUCAUUAGGAAUUGUUGCGACUCAAUAUUAUGUUCAUUAGUUGUUGAACGCUUUUCCCGCGCUUGACUAUUAUAGUUAGUGAACGCUCUUCCCGCCAUAGUCUUUAUGACGUAUUUUUAUGCUGAGUCGUGACGUAUUGUCUAUGCAGUGUUGUGACGUAUGUUUUAGUAGUGCGGCAGUCUUGAGUGGAACCUUGGAGUGAUAGGAUGUUUAUUAUAUUUACUUAGAUAUU